AUGGUCCGCGCUCCAAUGGUCGGCCAUCUUGAUCGUGGAUGUCCCCCAUAUUUGUGGUGCCCGGUCCAAUCCGACCAGCCCACCGUGGCGCGGGCGGAGACACACUGGGCGCCUGUCAACUACAAGAAGAACAAAGCAUGGCGGGCUCCAUCUGUGGAGAUGGCCAUACUGGGUAUAGUGGAAGGUUAG